AUUCUUAAUAAGGGGAAAUAUGGGAACUGCCGUCUGCCUACGCACACACUGCUGGAGACUAGACACUCGGGAGAGGAGGAGUUGCAUACACACAACGCGAGCAUCUGCCUUUGCAUCAGUUUGGACUUACAAAGAGCAAAUCUACGUACACUGUUUCUAAAGGGAACUAUUUGGCAUCUAAAUUAAUCUAUCAGUUUUUACUGCUGUAGGGAAAAAAAAAAAAAGGAAGCUAAUGCACUGCUUACUUUUCACAGCUAUUGAAUUGUCUCCUAUAAUCUUCUGAAACCUGAACCUCGCUAUAAGGGGGAGACCAGACCACUGAACCCUACCAACCAGAGAUGGACACAAGACAGGACUUUCACUUUUAAGACCUAAUCGCGCCCAGCAAAGCACAGGAUAAAAAAAUUGGAUACCAGCUUGGACACUGUUACUGUAUCUCAAAAUAGCAGAUGACCAGUUUACCAUACUGACCAUGCUGGCCUUUCUUCAGGACCAUCCUGGACCAGAGAGGAACAGUGAACUCUUACACCGUAAGCAAUUCCUGCACAAAAUACAGCUCCUGAAUACAUUCAGCUGGACACAAAAAUGUCCUAUCCUUUACAUUUCUUGAACGGGUCUGGAGUUGGCAAUGCAUCUUUGUCGCCUCUCUCAGUAACAGGAGAACCCAAGCAGGGCUACCCAAGUGACGAACAAGGAAACAAAGUGCGUUGGGCAGCUUUACUGAUCCUUCUGGUGAUAAUCCCCACCAUUGGGGGGAACAUACUUGUCAUACUGGCGGUGUCUCUGGAGAAAAAGUUGCAAUACGCUACCAACUACUUUUUGACGUCCCUGGCGGUGGCAGAUUUGCUUGUGGGUCUGUUUGUGAUGCCAAUUGCCCUUCUCAUAAUAUUAUUUGACAAUGCCUGGCCUUUUCCAACUGCCUUGUGUCCUAUCUGGCUGUUCCUUGAUGUCCUCUUUUCCACAGCUUCCAUCAUGCACCUCUGUGCCAUCUCACUAGACCGCUAUAUUGCAAUUAAAAAGCCAAUCCAGGCUAGUCAGUACAAUUCAUGGGCUACAACAGUCAUCAAAAUCAUCGUGGUUUGGCUCAUUUCAAUAGGCAUUGCUAUUCCGGUCCCUAUCAGAGGCAUUGAGGAUGGAAAUGGCAACUCUACAAACAUCACGUGUGUCCUGAUGCCUGAUCGUUUUCACGACUUCAUUCUAUAUGGAUCAGUGGCUGCAUUCUUCAUCCCCCUCGCUAUCAUGAUAGUCACUUAUUUUCUGACAAUUCAAGUCCUACGCAAGAAGGCCUACUUGAUCAACAAGCCACCUCAGCGUUUCACUUGGUCAACAGUGUCCACAGUGUUUCAGCGUGACACAACACCUGCCUCCUCACCAGAAAAGGUGGCCAUGCUAAAUGGCUCCAGAAAGGACAAGACUUUGUCCAAUGACAUGCCUAUCUGCAGAACAUCUACAAUUGGGAGGAAGUCCAUGCAAACGAUAACCAACGAACAAAGGGCGUCAAAAGUUCUGGGGAUCGUAUUUUUUCUUUUCUUGCUGAUGUGGUGCCCAUUCUUCAUAACAAACAUAAGUUCAGUUCUGUGCAACUCCUGCAACAAGGAAGUUUUUCAAAAGCUUAUGGAGAUAUUUGUUUGGAUAGGAUAUGUAUCCUCAGGAGUGAACCCUCUUGUCUACACACUCUUCAACAAAACAUUUAGGGAGGCUUUCAGCAGGUAUAUCACUUGCAACUAUCGGACCACAAAGCCUAUCAAGGCCCUUCGGAAGCGCUCUAGCAGGAUCUCUUUCAGAAGUUCUGUGGCAGAAAAUUCCAAGCUCUUUGUCAUGCAUGGGAUGAGAAAUGGGAUUAACCCCAUUAUGUACCAGAGCCCAAUGAGGCUGAGGAGUUCACCCAUCCAAGCAUCAUCAGCCAUUCUGCUGGAUACAUUGCUGCUCACAGAGAAUGAAGUUGAUAAAACAGAAGAACAAGUCAGCUACGUAUAGGGGAAUGGCAGCCAUGCCCAUACCAUAGUAUUACUGUAUGUAUUAUUCUAGGUAACUGUGCUAUAAGAGGGUAUAAAUACUAUUGUUUUCUGUUAUUUAUGCAAGCGAUAUCUUAUAAAUUUAUAUUAAUUCCUCUCCUCCAAAGUCUCCUCUACUUUAACCCCAACCCCAUGGUGGCAACCAAAACUUCAUUCCAUGAUAAAUGACUAAUGCAGAUCUGUAGUCUACAGGAAGAGGAAAAUAAAUAAAAGCUAAAUC